AUGGCGGCUGUGCCGCAAUCGACCUUGACAUGGCUUUGGAAUGUGCUUGCAAAGAAUCAUUACGAUCCCAAACAAACAUAUCGCGACCCCAAUCGCACAUACCAUGACGUCGCACGAGCGCUGGCGCAGUACCCGUCGUUUGGACCACGUACAGAUGUCUACACGUCCGAGAAUGGCACCCCGUCUCUCCUCCUCCACCUUGCUGGCACGCUGCCCGUCUCGUUUCGCGGCGCCGUAUAUAAUAUUCCCAUAGACACUUGGGUUCCGACUGCGUAUCCUCUCGAAGCCCCGAUUGUCUAUGUUAGCCCGACGCCGGAUAUGCUGGUGCGGUCUGGUCAGCACGUCACGCUAGAAGGACGGGUUUACCAUCAUUAUCUGGCGCAUUGGCAUGAAGCAUGGGAUAGAUCCUCUAUCGUUGAGCUGUUCGCAAUCUUACGAGAGGUCUUCGCAAAGGAGCCGCCUGUCAAGCACAGACCCCCCCGCGCGACACCACCGACACAGCCAGGCGCUCCUCCUCCAUUGCCUCCACUUCCUCCUGAGAUUUCUGCUUCUCCCCAGCCCAUCGAGCUGCCUGCAAUAGACAACCGACAAGCGCCCCCAAGACCGCCCCAACUCCCUCCAAAGCCAGGCCAGGCACCGCCGGUACAUUCUCCGCCGCCAGCGUCACGAGGCUCAGGGCCAGCGGUUCCUCCACUACCUCCAAAGGCUCAGAUUCCGCAGCGCCAGGACUAUAUCUAUUCUCAUAAUGGAUCACCCCCGGCAAAUGCGGCCACCGCCCAACCAUAUAGGUCAAGUAGUAUGCGGACAACACAGAUACCGCAGCAGCUACCUACUACGCCGACAACCCCAAAUUACCAGCGAGAGCCAUAUAUACAUAGUCCUAGUCCUGUGCCAUUGCAAUCUAUAAACACUGCCCAACAUAUGCAGAGCCCUCGACAGUUUUCGGGACAAUCUUUUCAACAGCAGCAGCAAUAUCCACCUUACACAGCCGUGCCCAAGCAAAGCAGCCAAUAUCACCAGCCAUCGUACCAAAAUACUCCGCAGAAGACAGCUACAGCAUCACGAAACCCGGGAACUCCUGACUUGCUCACCUCGCCAUUUGACGUUGAAUUGCCAUCCAUAGCCCCUGCCGGACCUCCGCCUCCUGUUCCACCAAACCCCGAGAAAGACGCUCUUCUGCAUACAAUUUCCCGGACAUUGACCGAGACUCUUCAGGGGAACGUAUCCCAAUCUGCGUCUGCCGCAAUUUCAUUACAAUCGCAGUCUCAGGCUCUCGCAUCGGCCAUGAUCACCUUGCAAAGCGAGAUAUCGACCCUUAAUAACUAUCAAGCAGCAAUACAGUCCAACAUUAAUAUCCUCCAGCAGUCGCUUCACCGUGCAGAUGCAGUGAUAGCGGAUGCUAAAGCUCGAGCAUCUCGAAAGCCUUCGUCAGCUCAUAAUACACCGCCACCCGAUCAAACAGGUGCAGUAUCAGUCGCUGAUGGCGGGCUCCCGCCGAUAGACGAGGUUCUCGUUGCCCCGACAGUAGUGGGAAAACAGCUGUACGACCUCGUUGCCGACGAACGCGGAAUCCAGCAAGCCAUUUACGCGCUCCAAGCGGCACUUGUCAAAGGCGUGAUUGGAGCAGACACAUGGUCACGGCAUACACGCAGCUUAGCCCGGGAGGCCUUCAUUAAGCGUGCACUGAUCCGGAAAAUAGCACAGGGAAUGGGGUUGGAUCUUGGUGAAGCGCAUGAACUCAAGACGGAUGUUUGA